AUGACAGAUGACCUGGGGAAUGAGUUGGAGGAAGAGACCGAGAUAUUUGGCUACAAGACACAAGGCUGCCGAAAGGCCUUGUGCAUUGCUGGCUACAUCUUGUCCUGUGGGGCUCUGCUGCUGCUCUUUUACUGGAAGCCAGAGUGGGAUGUGUGGGCAAACUGCAUCUGCUGCAGCUUGGAAGAAGCUGACAUUGUUCUGCUCAGAACAACAGAUGAGUUUCAGAGAUACACCAGGAAGAAGGUGACCUGCAUUGAUUUGUCCCCACUGGCACUACCUGUUGGCAGUAAUCCAGAUGGUCCUCUCGUAGCUGAUAAAGACUCUGUCAUAAACAGAGCUGUCAUGAAGCCACAGUUAAAGAUGAGAUGUAUCCAGGUGCAGAAAAUCCGUUAUAUCUGGGACUUUUCUGUAAAAGAAUUCAAGAAAGUUGGAUCAUUAGAAGACAGCAACACAUGUCACAGCAUACACCACAAGUUUGGAGCUGGCCUCACAAGGGAAGAACAGAAGAUCAGGCAGCUGGUGUGUGGACCUAAUGCCAUUGAAGUUGAAAUUCGUCCUGUUUGGAAGCUACUUUUUAAAGAGAUUUUCAAUCCCUUCUACGUGUUUCAAGCCUUCACCCUCACGCUGUGGCUGAGCCAAGGCUACAUCGAGUAUUCAGUGGCCAUCAUCAUCCUGUCCAUCACUUCUGUUGGCUUAACUGUGUAUGACCUCAGACAGCAGUCUGCCAAGCUGCACAACCUCGUUGAGGAGCAUAACAAAGUUCAGGUUACAGUCUGCACCAAGAGUGAAGGUUGCAAAGAGAUGGACUCUUGUUACUUAGUCCCUGGAGACAUGUUGCUUUUAGAUGGAAGAAAGCUCUCUCUCCCAUGUGAUGCUGUCCUGAUUGAUGGAAGCUGCAUUGUGAAUGAAGGAGUGCUCACAGGUGAAAGCAUCCCAGUUACCAAAACCCCCUUGCCCCUCACGGAGAACCCAAUGCCUUGGAAGACCCACAGCGUGGGAGACUACCGGCGGCACGUCCUCUUCUGCGGGACACGAGUCAUCCAGACGAAGCUGAAGGGCAGAGGGCCAGCAAGAGCUGUCGUGCUGCAAACAGGGUUCAACACAGCUAAAGGUGACCUAGUGAGGUCCAUCCUCUACCCCAAGCCAGUGAACUUCAAACUCUACAGAGAUGCUUUCAAGUUCAUCAUAGGCCUCUCUGUCGUUGGCUUGUUUGGACUCAUCUAUGCUGUGUGUGUGCUUGUGUCCCAUAAGAAGCCAGUGGCCGAGGUGGUGGUGAUGUCCCUCCUUCUCUUCACUGCGGCUGUGCCUCCUGCUCUCCCUGCUGCCUUGACGACAGGCACUGUUUAUGCCCAAAGGAGGCUGAAGAAAAAGAAAAUCUUCUGCAUCAGCCCACAGAGGAUUAACAUCUGUGGGCAGAUCAACCUUGUUUGCUUUGACAAAACAGGCACACUGACAGAAGAUGGACUGGACCUGUGGGGUGUCAUCCCUUCCCAGGGAAGCCGGUUUCAGGAAAUCCAUAAAUUCCCAUCCAGCACUCCUCUGCCCUGGGGACCUCUGUGCGCAGCCAUGGCCACCUGUCAUUCACUGGUGGUUCUGGAUGAGAAGAUUCAUGGAGAUCCUCUGGACCUGAAAAUGUUUGAGGGCACACACUGGGAGGUAGAAGACUCCUGCACAGCUCAGGAUGGGGCUGGUGCUCUUGACACCUGCAUUGUUAGACCGGGGCCAAAUGCCAGCAGUGCUCCCGUGGAGGGAAUAGCGAUCUUACACCAAUUCCCAUUUUCAUCUGGGCUCCAGAGGAUGUCUGUUGUUUCACAGAAGAUUGGAGAGGAGCAGUAUGACCUGUACAUGAAAGGAGCACCAGAAACGGUGUCCAGCUUUUGCAGACAAGACACUGUCCCAGCUAAUUUCUUAAAGGAGCUCAAGACCUACACAAGUCAAGGCUUCAGAGUCAUUGCUCUGGCCCAUAAAGUGUUAAACCUAGGAAAGGAUGUAGACAUGAGCAACUUAGAGAGAGAAGAAGCAGAGUCUGGGCUGGAGUUCCUGGGCCUCCUGGUGAUGGAGAACCGCUUGAAGCAGGAGACGAAGACUGUGCUCCAAGAGCUGGCUGCUGCCCGCAUCAGGAGUGUCAUGGUCACAGGGGACAACUUGGAAACAGCUGUCAUGGUGGCGAGAAACGCAGGCAUGAUUCACACAGGCAGCAAAGUUAUCCUUGUGGAAGCCAAUGAACCAGAGGGCUCUGCUCCAGCUUCCAUCACCUGGCGGCUGGCCGAAGACUGCAAAGCAAACACAGCUGCUCCCAGUGAGGUGUGUGCUGAGGAAAAGAUCACCUUGGAAGGAGAAACCUGCAACUUCCAUUUUGCAAUGAAUGGAAAGUCCUAUCAGGUUAUUAUAAAGCACUUCUACAGCUUGCUGCCAAAAAUACUGGUGAACGCAACUGUCUUUGCUAGGAUGUCUCCUGGCCAGAAAUCCAGCCUUGUUGAGGAAUUUCAGAAACUCAAUUACUGCGUGGGUAUGUGUGGGGACGGCGCCAACGACUGUGGGGCUCUGAAAACAGCCCAUGCAGGGAUAUCACUGUCAGAGCAGGAGGCAUCUGUGGCCUCACCCUUCACCUCCCAAAUCCCCAACAUCCAGUGCGUGCCAGAGCUGAUCAGGGAAGGUCGAGCUGCUUUGGUUGCUUCCUUUGGGGUGGUUAAAUACCUGACCCUUUAUGGCCUGAUCCAGUUCAUUGGUACUGCUCUGCUCUUUUGGCAACUGCAGAUCUUUGGGAAUUACCAGUAUUUGAUACAGGAUGUCAUCAUUACCCUUCUGGUUUGCCUAACAAUGAGCUUGACUGAAGCCUAUCCAAAGCUGGCACCUUAUCGCCCCCCGGGGCAGCUCAUGUCUCCUCCGCUGCUGCUCUCCAUCAUCCUCAAUGUGUGCUUUACCCUUACCCUGCAAACCUGUGGCUUCCUCCUGGUGAAGCAGCAGCCCUGGUAUGUAGAGCUGGCCACCCAGAGACAUUGCUCUCCAGAGAACCAGACUCUCUCCUCCACCAGUCCAGGGGAAAACAGUACCAGCAGCAGUGCCCAGAGCCCUGUCCUCAGUUAUGAAGACACUACACUGUGGCCACUGUCUUCUAUCAACUGCAUCAUUGUGGCUUUCGUCUUUUCCAAGGGAAAGCCUUUCCGGAAGCCCAUCUACACCAACUAUGUGUUUUCAGUCCUCCUGGCCCUGCAGCUUGCAAUCUGCCUCUUCCUCGUCUUUGCUGACAUUGAUGCGGUGUACAGCAGCCUGCAGCUUCUUUGCACUCCUGUGGUCUGGAGAGUUUACAUCUUACUGAUGCUCUUGCUCACCUUUUGUGUAUCUUUCUUUACAGAGGACGUUAUCCUGCAGAACAAGCACCUUUGGCUGCUGAUUAAGGCCUGGUUUGGGUACCAGUCAAACAGCCCAUACCAAAAAUGGCAGAGGAUGCUGCAGAGGGAUCCCAGCUGGCCUCCUGUGAACACCAAAGACUUAGCAGCAGAAAGCCUGGACGAGAUUUACAUCAACCCUGCCUAUGAACACAGCAACGAGGACUAG